UUAUAUAUAUAUAUAUUUUAUUACCGGAGCAUUUCGAAAUAUACUAAUAAUAAAACAAAUGAAUAAUUUUACAACCGGUAAUGACGUCAUGUAUUUGUCGGAGUAUACACGUGAUCCUGUUACUAUAGCAACCAAAGUUGUCGUUAGCUACAGAUAAGGAGAACCAGAUUUCUUCACUUUCGUCUAAUUGGGAGUGGUUGUGUUCUUGCAAAAUGAUCUGUAUGAAAUAUGUAUUCUUCGUCAUCAACUUCCUUCUGUUCUGUUUAGGUAUAGCCGUUACGGGAAUCGGAAUAUGGAUUUUAAAGGACGAAAGAAUAGGACAUUAUUCAGUCGACGAGUCCUUCGAAGCUACAGAAUUGUUAUAUAAAGCAUCGUAUGUAGUUAUUGUUUUUGGACUGACAUUACUUAUACUAGGCUUCGUAGGAUGCUGCGGCGUAUUUAUGGACAGCUUAUGCCUUAUUUGCUUUUUCGCCAGCUUCCUCAUUGUGCCUAUAAUACUUUGUAUAGCGGCAUUAGUUGUUGCUUGGUAUGCCUCCAGCAACCAAAAGGUAAGAAGUUUAAUAGAAGAGCAACUUGAUGACUAUCAGCUGAAAUCCGAAAUUUUUAGUGAAAUUGAAUAUAAAUUGGAAUGCUGCGGUGUACGUGGAUCGGGUGAUUAUAGAGGAAAUAUACCCGAGUCAUGUCGAGAUUCGAAAAGUAACGUCUUACAUACCGAAGGAUGUUUGAAUAAAUUUUUUGAAGUAUUAAGUACUAUGUCUGGUGUUAUAUGCGGAAUGUCAUCGACGAUUAUUGUUUUGGCGAUUAUUUCCCUUGUUUUGGCCUUACUUAUAAGAAGAAGCGUAGACAGUGCAACGAAAGGCGUUGUUUAGAUAAAAUCCUCCUCUCGAACUUGAAAAGAAUUCACCAAUCUGUAUUCAGUCGACGAUAUUAUUGCCACAAUAGUCAUUAUAGUACAGUCAAUGCUAGUCAAAUUUAUUACAUAAACUGCUACAAUUUUAUGAACUAGUAACAAUGUAUUCGUACGCUUCUGCUGUAUUAUAUUACAGGCAAAACCUCGAUUUAACAGACUGGAUUUAAUGAACGAAAUUUUAGAUCCAUAUGACACUUAUGACUAAAAUCUUAAUAUAAAAUUUUAUAUACUUUUUGUGUGAUUAAAUUAACAAGUUAUUUUUUCAAAUUCAAGUCACCAUUCUUACCUUCUCGCCAGAAUGGGAAUGUU